AUGAGCCGAAAGCUCCAUCCUGCGAAACCCCUGCUGAAAACCCCGCCGAAACCCCCUGAUCUAAACCCUUUCUCUGCUACCCUGCCAGGAGUUUCCUGGUCUAAGGUUGUGAGCUCCUCCUCUUCUGCUCCUGCUUUUGAAAAUCCCCUUCACCUUCAGAAACCCCACUUUGACCGUUUGAAAAACUCUGUCAAAUCCUGCAUCACCAUUGAUCGUGAUCAAUGGCACUCGGCCAGGGAUUCCAUGCAAACCGUGCUUCACGCCAAAUUUCUGGGAAAAUCUCUCCCUCUUGACCAAGCUAAGCUGGCGUUGUCGGAUGCUUGGAAGGGACUUGGUGAUUUUUCUAUUUUCGAUCUUCCUAAUGGGUUCUACUUUGUUCGCUGUAGUUCUCUUGAUAUGCAGGCUAAACUCCUCUGGGAUGGACCUUGGACCGUUGAUGGGCGUAUCCUUCAGCUCUUUGAAUGGAGAGAAUCUUUCCAGCCUGCAUUUGAAAAACUUUCGACUGCAGCUAUCUGGAUCCAGCUUCAUCAUGUCCCUAUUGAACUUUGGAAGGGCGAAAUUCUGGAUGUCAUUGCCUCUCAUUUUGGAAGGGUUCUCAAAAUUGAUGAGCACACUCUUCAACUCUCUCGCUCAAAGUUUGCUCGUAUUUGUGUGGAAAUUGACCUAGAUCUCCCCUUGCAGAAGGGGACAUGGGUUAAGUAUGGUGAAAAUUCAGUCUUCAUUAUUGCUUUAUAUGAAAAAUUGCCUGUCUUUUGUUUCAGUUGUGGUCGUGUUGGUCAUGGUGACUCGAACUGUACCUUUAUUAGCAGCCGAAAUUUGGCAUCUGAUCUAUAA